AUGCCCUCCCUGACCUCAUCCCUCCUCCUCGCCCUCGCGGCCACCACCCUCGCCCACCCCUCCCCCUCCCGCUCCAAAGCCGACCUCGACCCGGCCGUCUGGUCCUCCCUCGCCAACCACCACCCCGCCCCGCACGCCGCCGCGCGCAGCCUCCUCUCCCCGCAGACCCGCAACCGCCCGACCAAGCGCCAGUCCGGCUUCUCCCCGCCCUCCGCCCUGGCCGCGCCCCUCAAAGAAGUCUGGGCGCACUACGAGUCCACCUACGACGGCGCCGUCACGGGCAACAAGUACUGGGGCUGGGACCAGCUGGUAGCGACCAACGGCAGCCUCAACAUCUGCGUGCGCUGUGACUCCUCCGCGACGGUGACGGCCGCGCAGCGCAGCAAGAUCGCGAGCGCGUACGCGGCGCAGUACCAGAAGUGGUUCAAAUGGCUGUACGGAUACGACGGGUUCCCGUUUGCGAAGGUGGAUGUGAAUGUGGUUGCGUGGGCGGUCAAGGACGCGAGUCUGCUGGAGGGCAGCACCGAUGGGCUGGACGUGUAUACCACGUAUAAAGAUGGGGACGGCGUCCCGGCGUGCGCGACGGAGUGCGAUCGCGCGGCGCAUAUUGAUGGGGACUUCAGCGGGUGCAAGGCUGGGGCGGACCGGCGGUUCGAGCACAGCUUGUGGCUGACGGACGGGCUUGAGGGCGGGUUCGGGUAUGAUUGGGGACAGCAGAUUGGGCGGGAGUACACGAUUAACAACCUGGAGUCUGAGAGUAUUCACAUCUUGCUGCAUGAGAUGGGACACACCUUCGGUCUGGAUGAUUUCUACGACUGGACCCCGACCGGCAUGUCCAACUUCAUCAUGCUCGCGGGCUCCUCCAUGGAGAUCACCGACUUUGACGGAUGGAUGUAUCGUAACUGGUGGUACGAGCUCUCGCGCAGCCGCGGCUGGACGAAGGCCUCCUCCGCGACGACGCCUGCCGCCACUGCUUCCGCUUCUGCUUCUGCGUCUGCUGCGCCCGCCGUCAAGGAGGAUGCGGCGGAAGAGGUCUCUGAGCCCGUUGCGUCGGCUACUUCCGUCGCUGCCCCCGCUGCCACCGCCACCACUGAGUCUGCCUCGGCUGCGAAGUGGGCCCAGUGCGGCGGCGCGGGGUACACCGGCCCCACUGCCUGCGCGGCCAGGUCGACGUGCACUAAGUCGAGCGAGUGGUAUUCUCAGUGCUUGUAG